CUGCAGCUGCUAAAGCCAGGAUGAAGAAGUUACAUGUUUCACCCAUAACAACUGUCUUACUAACCAUGAUUUCUUCUUUAUACAGCAAGUUUUACGGAUUGUAAGGGAGAAUACCGUUCCAACCUAAAGUCAUAUAACUCCCAACGUUUGCCUUAUAGUGUCAGUAAAUUUAUUGACAUUACUUAUCUACUCAAUUCAUACAUGCCUCUGACUGUCUUCACUUUUGUCUGCAUGACAUUUUGUUUUAAAGGCAUAUGUUCAUUACAUUCAUGUGCAUGACAAUUGUUUUGAUGGCAGACUUCCACUUGGAUUGUUUGAUAUCUCCAUCAAAUUGUUCCCUUAAUCAUCCAAAGGCCGUCCGCAUCCUUACUCUGUCAUGGGGAAAUACUGCGUGGUCUUUGUCAGCCGAGUUCUUGGAAUGUUCGAUAACUGAGAGCAGUGCCGCUAGCAAGUUAAUAGAUACAAUGGCUGCUGGCAUCAGUCUUUCAAGACUUUAUUGGAUGCAAGAUCUGAAUGGAACAAACAUCCAGAGAAGAUUCAGAAUCUUUAGCGCCAAAGAGGACUCCCUCCAGACCAUGUAUGGCUCUGAUGAUGACAACUAGCAGAUGAGGAGUGAAAUCCACAUAGCUGAAACCGUACAUGGCUCUCCAACCGAUCACUACACCAAUGAACCAUUGGCUAGAGACAUUAUACGAACACGUUUAGGGUCAUUUUCUAGAAAGGAAUGCUCUGGUUCCAGUGAUAGAGUUGGAACAGCUGAAGGAGAAGAUGCCUGGACUAUUGACAUCAAACGUUCUACGUUGGAGGCUGCAAUUUGCAUACUGUUUAGGCUACUAGUGAUUUGGAGCAUAUUUCUAUGAUUUCAGUUUGUGUCAGGGACGUAUAAUACUUUUGUCAUAGACUAUGGUUUUAUUGCUCUCUGUUCUGAAAAACAUUUUGAGUUAGCUAAAAUUUGUGUUCUUUAUAUGAUGA